AUGGCCAACGUCUCAGCAGAAGCUAUUGGAAGAGGCCGGGGACCGAUAAGAUCUCGCAAUAUCGGCCUCUUGAGCAUCUUCGGCGUGCUUAGCGGUACAUGGUUGAUGUUUGGCUACUUAGCUCCGCGGCAAGGAACCGUUCUCGCGACCAACGAAGAGCUGGGUCCGAUCAAGAGUGCUGACUCGAAGCAGACAGAUGCAGGGAAUACUCUGGGAAAUGCUAUUCAAGAUGACCGCUAG